AUGGAAGAAAAUAAAGAACCGUCUAUUCUCUCUGUUAUACUAGAUGCUUUCUCAACAACACUAACAACAAUAAGUAAUCCUUCAUGGAAAGACAUUUUUGAUAUUCAAAUUAAUAAAAAGACAUUAUCAUCGUUGUCUGACGUCAUUCAUUAUUUUAAAUCUUUUUCUGAGUUAUCAUUUAUUGAUCUCAUGACAGGUUAUUUGAUUUUGUCGCAAAUAUCAGAGUCUAAUUACGAUUCAUUUCAGAAAUAUCAAUUAAUAUCCAAAAGUUCUGUAGAUAUUCAUUCUAUACAAACCAUUUACAAAGCAAUUUCCCAUUCAGUAUCAGUAUUUCAAUGGACAUUAUAUGAAAGCUAUGCUUCUAAUGAAGAAAAAAGGUAUUACCAAAAUAAUAAAGAAGAAGUUUCUCGUUUAAUUAUCUCUCAGUAUAAUCAUAUUCACCCAGAUGAUAUUAUUUUAUUACAACAUAAUUCAAAACCAUUUUGCCCUGCACAUUAUGUUUGUGUUGAUCAUUCUAUUGAUGCUAUAAUAGUUUGUUGUAGAGGAACACAAACUAUAACAGAUUGCCUUGUUGAUUGUUCAUUUUAUUAUGAAAGCAUUUAUUGUGAAGGAGAAUAUGGGUUAAUUCAUAAAGGAAUAUAUCAAACUGCAUCAACAAUCUAUAUUUCUGUACUUCCAGCAGUGAGAAAGUUAUUAACAAAGUAUCCAAAAUAUAAAGUUCUUUGUACUGGUCAUUCUUUAGGGGGAGCUGUUGCAGAGAUUGUAACUUUAUUAUAUCGUUCAAGAAAUAAAAUGGUUCCUGUUUAUUGUGUAGCAUUUGGUGCUGUUCCUGCUGUAUCUUCUAAUAUUGCUGAAUUGCCAAUAUUUAAAGAGUGUAUUCUAAAUAUAAUUAAUCAAAAUGAUAUUGUCCCAAGAGCUUCUCAUAGAGCAAUGCAAGAAUUAUUAGAGAGAAUAGAUAAUAUUAUCAAUAUUGUUGGGUAUGAUUUAUAUUAUGAACUUGAAGAUUCAUUAGGAAAAAAUGUAGAUUUAACUGUUGCUCGAGUUAUCAAAGAAAAAGAAAUUACCUGGGACAAAAUAAAAAAUACAAAUUAUGUUGGUCAAGCUCUUCUUCCAAUGGGCAAUUGUAUUGAAAUUAGUGAAGGGAGGUGGUUUGAAUUUGAUAAUGAGGCAUUUGGACAAAUAGAACCAAAACAAACAGCUGUUUCUGAUCAUUCAAGUUAUAAAUACGAAAAAUCUGUACUUCAAAAGUAUGAAGAAAUUACUGGAAUUAAACUAGUACCAAACAGAAAAGAAGAAUACAAAAUAUUAUCAUCUAAGUUUGACCUAUAA